CAAAAUCACAAUGGUAUCUAGAUGUUUUGAAAGUGAAAGCAGGAUUUAAGAAAUAUCAUUCAUGUGGAUUAAUAUGUAUAUGAAUUUGUGGUCUGUUUGAUAACAAAAAUCGAAUGAAACCAUGGAUUAACCAACAGACCAAGGGCAGAAACUAAAGUUGAAUAUUCCAGUAACAACAUGUUGGACGCAAAAGUGAUACACUCGGCUUUUCUAAUCUCACGAACUUUUAUUUGAUCGAACAAAACUGUCCAGCUAUGUGCAACUCGUUUUAUGGCUGAGUAUCUGGGUUUGAUUGAAGUGUCUUUACACAAACAAACCCAUGUGUCGAAGUGUCAUGAGAGAGUGAUCUAGUGUCGUUUGGAUUUAAAGGAAUUUAAACAUAAAUGGAACCCGUUUCUGAUACCAGUUUACAUGAGACAUGCUUCUAUGGUUCAGAGCGAGAAAUCAUCUCAUUACUAGACGCUGGUGAAGAUGUCAACAGAUACAAUGAAGACGGAUUCACCCCACUACACAUUGCAGUACAACGCCCAGAUCAUCUUGCCUGUAGUGUCACAAAUCUGCUCGUAGGUAGAGGUGCUGAUGUUAAUGCUAUAACUUUGGGCGAGGGAGAAACGUGUCUGCAUCUUCUUGCAAGGCUUAUAGAAACAAGACAGGCUGCAGAUGUUGCGCUCACUCUCUUGCUGUUGAAGGCGGAUUCAUCCCUGAGAGACAGGAAACUUAGGACAGCGUACGACUAUGCCAUUUCCAAGGAUAAAGGAGCUUUAGCUGAUAUUAUUUGCCCGGAUGUCAGAGCAAACUCUCGACCAGAUACAGCCGACCUUGAGGACAUGAAAAAGAAUGCAUCGGCUGCAAAUUUAGGGGAUAAACUGACCAGAGCGGUUAUAACUGGAAAUAAGGAAGAUACCAAUGCGUACAUCCAAAGUGGGGCGAAUCCUGAUUUUAUCAAUGAGAAUGGUGCUGGUGCUAUUCAUUAUGCUGUAACUCAUUGUCCAACAGAUCGUAUUGAUUUUAUUACAAUUCUUUUGGAAGGUGGUGCCGAUGUUAACCUUCGAGACCAUGAGGAUGAUACAGCCCUUAACCUUGCAAUCAAAAUGCACAAGUCGCGUCCUAUGGAAGAGACAGAGGCAAUCGUCAACAAACUACUUCACCUUGGUGCUAAUAAGGCAAUUAAAGAUAUAGAUGGGCGGGAUGCAGCGGACGUCGCAAAACAAAGAAAGCUGCUCAAUAUUUUAGAGUUGUUGUCUCCUCCAACAAGUCCAGUCCGACAAGAAUCCCCGGUAAAAACUGAAACGCCCAACCCUCCCAAAACUCCUGCAAAAACUAAAACACCAAGCCCGCCCAAAACUCCUGCAAAAACAAAAACACCAAGCCCGCCCGAAACCCCGGUAAAACAUAAGACACCCAUUCCGCCAACUCCAGCUCCUAAGACUCCAGUUCUAGAAGACACGAUAGAUGAAAUUGAAAAUGUUAGACCUUGGGGCAAGGACCCCAACAUAAGAAAUGACGAGGGGAGGUGCCCAAUUCAUGAGAUACUUGAAGAUAAGUCAUUCAAUGAAGACAAAAUCAUUUCUCUUCUUCCGUUACUAAUAGAGGAUGGAGCAGAUGUUGAUGCUACAGUGACAACUUCAGGUGAUACAGCCCUACAUAUGGCGACAUCCAGGGGAAUGGUGAAUGUAGUCAGAAAAUUACUUGAUCUUGGUGCAAACGAGUCCAUCGAAAAUAAGCUUGUCAAAAUGCCAUAUGAUGUUUCCAUCGACAAUGGUUUUGAUGAGAUAGCAGAGGUUCUUAAAAACAGAAUGGUUGUGAGAGGAAAAUGGCAGAAAGCUACAAAAAAAGCUAAAAACUGUGUUAUUCUUUAGUCAUUACAGUAUAGGCUGUAUAUGAAAUAUAUAUUAAUAAAACAUAAUGACAAUAAAACAACUAAAAAUGCAUUUAACUCUACUUCUAUGCUUCCAUGCACGUAGAAUCUAGUUAUAAAUUAGAAGCUCUCUUUUAAAAAGCGAAGUUGUGCGGAUGCAACGGGUACCUCUGUGCAUUUGUUGAAAUUUUAAUUCGUCCUCAUUUUUAUUGUCUAGUUGUGGCGAUCCCGUGCUUAGGAUUCACGACCAGGAAACACGAUCUCAAAUUAACAUUAUGACAUGUAUGAAGCUUAUUUGGGUACCCUGGCAUUUAGGCCCAUUGACUGAAGAAAUUAUUCGUUAAACAAUUCUACUAAUUAUAAAAAAUAAAAAAGACCCAAAAUUAGCGUGGUUAAAAUGAUAGAGCCCUCAUUACGUUUGUUGAAGGGGCACACGUAAUAGGUAUAUAGGUACAAAGUGUAUAUAUGUCAUUCUGUUCCAAUG